CAGUAUUUCAUUACAUUGAUGGAUUCCCUUAAGUUGGGGAUUGUGGCGGUGGAUGAAAUCAAUCCUUAUCUUAAUGAUAUCCUAGAGAGUAUGCAAAAGGUGACGACCCUGCCUUCUGAUUUCGAAGGCAAAAUAACAAUGCGGGAAUGGCUUAAAAAGACGAAUGCAAUGAAGGCCAGCGAUGAGCUGACGGAAGAUGACGUGCGACAACUUAGUCACGACCUCGAAAAAGCGCAUACUGCCUUCUAUCGUUCGCUUUCGUAACAAAAAGCCCGUUAUUUUUGUAAAGUGCGAGUCACGUAUUGGCCAUCAUAGUGGGUACAUUCUCAAGCGAUCCCCCGUGAAAUGUACAAUUGUGACGAUAUAUGCAGUUUGAAGUUGUUCCUGAACGGCUCGUGCGAGCUGUGUAUUGCACACGUGGGAACUUUUGGAAGAAUUAUAAUGGUCCUUUGGCUGGAUUCUCGGUGCCUUUUCAAGACGCUGAGAUUUUAGAAACCCGCUAGGUUCAAUAUCCGGACACUAAAACGGAAAGUGGUGGCGUACCGCUAUAGCAAUUGAAGGCACAUCUUUUUUCUGACACGCCCAGAGAUUCACUAUUAAUAUUUCAUGCCCGUUGCAGACAAGAGUUAUAAAAUCCAUUUUCCCA